UAUGCCCCAUGGAUGUGGCGUUUAUCAUGGACUCUUCUGGAAGCAUAAAGCGAGCGGAAUUCUACGAGGAAAGACUCCUCGUCAAGAAGCUGGUGGUGCAGGUGACAGCAACUGGUAACCGGGAAGCUCUGAUUUUGUUCGGUUCAUCAGCGAGUGUCAAAGCUCAACUUGGACAGUACGAUACCGCUGAAAAGUACAUAGAAGUUGUACAAAAACUACGAAAGAAAAACGGAAGAACUCGAAUCGACAGGGCUCUAAAUGUGGCUGUCGAUGAGGUGUUCUCUUCUGCGAGACCCUAUGCAUAUAAGAUUGUCAUCGUUCUAAGUGAUGGCGUACAAUCCAAAGGAGCUAAAAGCUUGAGGGAGAGUUCCAGACCCCUUCGACAGGCAAACGUUCGUGUAUUAGCGGUGGGGAUUGGAACUGGUAUGGCGAAAAAUAGAUUGAGGCUAAUGACAGGAAGUGAUGACGAUGUUGUGGAUGUGAAAGAUAUUGAGGGACAUCUGCAGUAUAUAAUCACCAAUAUUUAUCGAAAUCCUUGCGGCGCCGUGCAAGCUGCAAACAACUUUCCGAGCAGCACUCCUGUAACCAAAGAAUGUGUGGACCAUCCUCUCUACACAAGCUUUUGUGAAAGGAAAGCAACAGAGCACAUGUGUUGGGCACAUGCAGAUUUUAUGGACAUUUAUUGUCCUAAGUCAUGUGAACGCUGCG